GCGUUCCUGGCCGCUGGGGGAGGAACCUAACGGGCGAGGAGGGCUGUCAUCACCGAUCCGCUCUGCACUGCGGCUCCUCUCACCAUCCCGACGGACCAGGAACUCAGAGACUUCCCCAAAAAAACACAGUCAGGAUGUCCAGGGAACAGCAGGCAGUGGCUCGGGCCAGAAAAGCCUUCAACACUGGCAGGUCCAAACCUCUGGAGUACCGGAUCAUCCAGCUGAAGAACCUGAAGCGGAUGUUUUAUGAGAAGCAAAAGAUGAUUUCAGAUGCCAUCAAGAAAGACCUUAACAAGAGCGUGGAGGUGACACAGCUCCAUGAGACCCUGGGCAUUGAGAGUGAGAUUGACCUGACCAUCAGGAAGCUGAAGGACUGGGCAGCCCCUCGGCCUGUGGAGAAGAACUUACUGACCAUGUCAGACACCGUGUACGUCCAUCCAGAGCCGCUUGGGGUGGUGCUGAUCAUCGGAGCCUGGAACUACCCCUGGGCUGUCACUGUUGGGCCACUAAUCGGAGCCAUAGCUGCAGGUAAUGCCGCUGUAGUGAAGCCUUCAGAAGUCUGUGUUCACACUGCAAAAGUCAUGGAGGACCUGCUGCCAAUUUAUAUUGACAAAGAGCUUUACCCUGUGGUGACAGGGGGGGUGCCAGAGACCCAGGAAUUGCUGCGCCAGAGGUUUGACCACAUUUUCUACACCGGCAACAGCAUGGUGGGGAAACUGAUCAUGGAGGCCGCCGCCAAAAACCUGACACCGGUUACCUUGGAGCUGGGCGGCAAGAGUCCAUGCUACAUUGACAAGAACUGUGACAUCACUAUAGCCUGCAGGCGCACUGCGUGGGGCAAGUACACAAACUGUGGUCAGACGUGCAUUGCCCCAGAUUACAUUCUUUGUGAGCCCAGCAUGCAAGACCGGAUCAUUGAAGAAAUCAAAAAGGCCCUUAAGGAGUUCUACACAGAUAACCCAAAGACCUGCGCUGACUACGGCCGCAUCAUCAAUCAGCGCCACUUUAAAAGGAUCAUGAACAUGUUGGACGACUGCACCAUCGCUGCAGGAGGAGAAAAUGACGAAGCCAACUGCUACAUAGCUCCCACUGUUCUGCGGGAUGUAAAACCUGAGGCCAAAGUGAUGCAGGAGGAAAUAUUUGGACCUUUGCUUCCCAUCAUAACUGUCGGUGGAGUUGAUGAAGCAAUCGAGUUCAUAAAUAAAGGAGAGAAACCUUUGGCUCUUUAUGUCUUCUCAUCAGAUAACAAGGUUAUCGACAGAAUAAGAGAUGAAACUUCCAGUGGAGGCUUUGUGGCCAACGACUGUCUAGUUCACUAUUCUAUCAGCUCGCUGCCUUUUGGAGGAGUGGGGAACAGUGGUAUGGGCUGCUACCACGGCAAGUACAGCUUUGACCAGCUGAGCCACCUGCGUGGAUGUCUCAUCAAGAAACUCAACAUGGAGGGCGUCAACAAUGUGCGCUACCCUCCUCACACACCUAAGAAGCUGAGCUGGGCGCGCUUUAUCCUCCUAAAGUCCUCAAGCCUGGGCUGGAUAGGUCGCAUGGCGAUGCUGGCGAUUCUGGUUGUGGUGGCUGCUGUGGCACUCCAGAGAUAUCUUCACUGAAGACGUCCUGCGGCAUCCCACACAGCAAGUCGACUGUCUUCUCUGCAUAUUAAUUCAAAUCAGCAUCUACAGAAAUAUACAGGAUGAUUUCAAUGUUGCCUUAAUCAUUGUAACAUUUCAACAUUAGAAGUGUCAUGGGUUACAGUCUAGAAAACACUUAUUAAGAGAAGCAUUUAUUGUCAUGUAAGGCUCUUGGGUUUAUACUCUGCAUGGCUGUGACCCUUUCAUUUCAAACCUGUUAGAUCAGGUUUGCCACAUUUUCUUUCAUGUAUUGUUAUACAACAUUUAAAUAAUAGUUUUAAAUGAAGUAAAUAGUUCUUUUUAAGCUACUGUGUUGUUCACAGUACACUGUCAGAUUUAAGAAAAAGAAUGUUGACAUGAAGGGCUGGAAAAAUGAAGUUAGUCUGUUUUUUUACUGUGCUGCUUGCAGCUCAUGUUGACUAUAAUCUCUGUCAUGGAUGGAUUAACAGUUAACUUGACGUUAGCCUUAUAGUUUGUGUUCUUUCCCUGAUUCAUCAUCAUAUGUAGGAUCACUUUAUCUGGUCUUCCUAAACACAUCAAAGGCCUUCAACACUUUUUAAUAGAAAUUGUUUUGUGAUCAGUUUAAACGGAUAAAAUGUGAUUAUAUCCUCAACAUUUCAAGUUUUUUUAAUGAUUAAAUAUGUAUUUUCAUUCAAAAAGUAAAAUAAAUUUAUUGAUAUUU